GAGGACACUCCGGGUUUUUACAGACGCAUCUUCAAGACAAAGUUCGGGAGAGACACCAGCUGUCAGUCCCAGUGCGUCCUGCAAAGUCCUCCGCAAGGAUCCACUGGCGGUUUGCGACUCGAAGAAACCGCAUUUAAAGCCACUGAACAGGGCAACAAUGAAGACUCUCCUGCUUCUGGUAAUCCUUCAGCUGCUCUUGGCUCCAGCGCUCACGGUGCCCAGUGUGGAUCACUGGGACUCGUGGGGUCCGUAUGGAGAAUGCAGCCGCAGCUGUGGCAGCGGUGUGACCAUGAGAACCAGACGCUGUAUCACUCUCAGGGCUGAUGGAGGGCACAACUGUGUAGGACCAGACAAGUCUUACCGCUCCUGCAACAUCCAGGACUGUCCGGAGGGCUCCAGGGAUUUCCGUGAAGAGCAGUGCUCCCAGUUUGAUGGGACUGACUUCCAGGGGAAACGCUACAAGUGGCUCCCAUACUAUGGAGCUGAGAACCCCUGUGAGCUGAACUGCAUGCCAAGAGGAGAAAACUUUUUCUAUCGUCACCGCAGCUCUGUGGUUGAUGGUACGCCCUGCCACCCAGGACGCAGGGAUGUUUGUGUUGAUGGAGUCUGCAAGCGUCUGGGCUGUGACAAUAUGUUGGAGUCUCCUCAGCAGGAAGACCCCUGCCUGCAGUGUGGGGGUAACGGACAGUCCUGCUACAGAGUCAAGAACAGCUUCUCUGUACGCGACCUGCCAACUGGCUACAACCAGAUGUUCAUCAUCCCUGUUGGAGCCACCACCAUCAGCAUCAGAGAAACGGUGGCCACACGCAACUACCUUGCUAUCAAGAACCUGCGUGGUGAGUACUACCUCAAUGGCCACUGGGUAAUUGAGUUUUCCAGGGCGACACCGAUUGCUGGAACUAUGCUGUACUAUCAGCGAGGAGCUGAGGGUGACAAUGUCCCUGAAACCAUCAUUGGCCGUGGCCCCACCACUGAACCCCUUGUUGUUGAGCUGAUCAGCCAGGAGCCAAAUCAAGGAGUGGAGUAUGAAUUUUAUCUUCCUAAUGGACGCUCCAGAGACGGCUACUACUGGAGUUUUGGAUCAUGGUCUGCCUGCAGCAGAGAGUGUGGAUCAGGCUACCAGUCUCGUUUGGUCUUCUGCACCAUUGAUAAUGAGGCCUACCCCGAUUAUCUCUGUGCAUCUCUGCCAAGGCCACAAACCAACCGUACAUGCAACCCGCAUACAUGCCCACAGACUCGCAGCUGGAGAACGGGUGAGUGGAAUACCUGCUCAGUUACCUGCGGGGGAGGCUCUCAGGUGCGCAGAGUGGAGUGCGUCUCCCAUGAUGCCUCGGGCCCCCGCGUGGUGGAGGAUGCCAUUUGUGCCGCCUACGCUGAGGCACCGCCCACUCUGCAGACCUGCAACAUGCACAAGUGUGCAGAGUAUCGUGCGAGUAGAUGGAGCACGUGCUCAGUGACCUGUGGGUCAGGUGAACAGACCAGGGAAGUCAACUGUGUUGGUUCAGGAGGAAUGAGGCUGGAGGAAACAUCCUGCAGGACUUUGCUCCGUCCAAUUGCUGUCCGACCUUGUGAGAUGGCGGCCUGCCUGAAACAGAUCAGCUGGCACGUCGGAGAGUGGGGACUGUGCACAACGAGCUGUGGCGGCGGCUCACGAGAGCGCCAGGUGAUCUGCUCAGACCAAGAGAGGAAUCUGUACCCAAUGGACCAAUGUAACGCCAAUCCCAAACCUUCCACAGUGGAGCGGUGCAACACCCAGCCCUGCUACAGCCCACAGGUUGUUCCCAGCAUUCAGGACCCACGAGGACACGACAACACACAGACUGUUUUCCAGCCCUAUGUGCCAGAUCACGCAACAGUCCGCAGGCCUGAGACGGACCCAACCCAGACAAACACGGUUCACGACCCUCACAGUUCCGCCCCGGCCCCCCACUGCAGCCAGUCCUAUUAUGGCUGCUGCCCAGAUGGACGUACUUCAGCCAGAGGCCCCCAGGGUCUGGGCUGCCCACGGGCCCCAGCUUCCAGUCCUGUCCAGCCAUUAUGCAUUCGGACCAGUUACGGCUGCUGCAGAGACAGAGUGACGGCUGCUCAGGGCCCCAACAAGGAGGGCUGCGUGGAGUAUGUGGCCCCUGCACCCACUGCUGCUCCUUCUGUUCCCACUGAGAAUGCAGCACAGUGCCGAACCACCACCUACGGGUGCUGUUAUGACCGCACCACACCUGCUGGAGGGCCCAACGGGGAGGGCUGCCCAAACCCACCCAAUCACAUUGAGCGCUCUAUCUGCUCCCUGCCUCGUGCUGCCGGCUCCUGCAGCAACUGGAUAUCACGCUACCACUAUGACGUCAUCACCUCCAAGUGUGUGCACUUCUGGUAUGGAAGUUGCCACGGUAACAGUAACAACUUCAUGUCCCGGGCUGAGUGCCAGAGGGUGUGCCAGGUGCCUGCACCAAGCCAACAGGGUCCGGGGCCAGUCGCUCCAGCGGGAGAGCCAACUUCUAGAAGACAAUCUACCCCUGGAAGGGCCACAUCUGAAGGAGGCACCGUGUCUGAAGCAGGCACCGCAUCUGGAGGGUCAGCAGGCGGGGGGUCACACAACAUGGGGAGGAUUUUCACAGUCCAGGGAGGCUCGACCAGCGGCACCGGCAGACAGGCCACAAGUGCCGCCACCCAUGCCCACAGAGCUAGAGUCCAUAUGCGCGUGCGUCGGCCUUCACCUGCAUCUGCUGCUCAGCACACCGGCCCAGCAGCGAGUUUGACCCUCGGAGAAGUGACCAUCGAUAAGACCGACCCCUCGACAGUGGAAGCUUUAGUUGGCCAGACAGUUGUGCUGCCCUGCAGAGUCAGCCCGCCACCAUCCUCUACUGUCAUUGUCGAGUGGAGAAGAGACGGCAUCCCUCUGUCUACGCACAGGCAUCACCAGCAGCCCAGUGGUUCCCUGUUAAUUGGUCCUCUCACUAAGUCAGACUCUGGUUGGUUCUUGUGCAUUGCAACUCGUGAACAGGAGAGAGACCACCGCUACAUUUACCUGUCUGUCACAGAGGGAUCAUCUCAGCUGAUUCCUACCUCAUUGCCCAGAGAUGUUCCUUUCCCUCGGUUCAGUAUCGAGCGGUCAAGCUCUUCUUUGCUGGAAAUGCGAGCAGGACAAACUGCCAGACUGCCCUGCACUAUUGUCCCUCCUUCAGCACUUCAGUCUGUCAACAUUCAGUGGACUAAAGAUGGACAGACCCUCAGUGACUCAAGGUAUACCAAACAUUCAGAUGGCACGCUGAUCAUCGGCUCUCUGAAGCCGGGGGACUCUGGUGUUUACACAUGUACAGCCUCCACUCAGCAGCAGCUAGAGCAGAAACAGCUGCAGCUCAGAGUCCAAGCUGACCUGAGGAUCACCACAGCUCCUAAUAACAUCCAGGUGUCUGAAGGCAGCACAGCUCUGCUCCCCUGUGUGGUGUCAGGGGACAACGUCAAUAUAGGCUGGUCCAGAAAUGGUGUACCAGUGCGUCCAGACGGUCGUAACAUCCUGGUGUCUUCCGACGGCAGCCUGAUCCUAAAUAACGUAAAGCCUUCAGAUGAGGGCACUUACACCUGUAACGCAUACACUGGCAUCUACUCUGUGAGUGCCACGGCUGAAGUUAGAGUCACUAAAGACACACAUCAAGGUGUUGAUGUGCCGCCAGAAUGCGUGGACCAGCCUGAGCUUGCCAACUGCGAGCUGAUAGUUUACGCCCGACUUUGCUCCAACUCAUACUACUCCAGUUUCUGCUGUGCCAGCUGUACCAGGCAUUUGCAGAGAAACGACAGGUUUGGUCGGCUAGGCUAAAGCCGCAGAGGGUUUAAAAACUCUGGGAUGGGUGGGAGAGACGACAGGGGACAGGUGAGUUUUGGAGGACUGCAUUUUGAAAACCUUCCAACACCGAACUUCUGCAAUUGCCAAAAGGACUCAAAACACUCAUAUCUGUUCACAACCACAAUUCAAGAAUGCAAUGAAAAAGGGACUGAUUACUAUAGAUGAGGUUAAAUCUAUAAACACUGAAACAUUAAACAGGGGCCUUAAAAUUAAACGUACAGUGUAAACCUAUAAAGUCUGUUGACUGUGAUAAAUGGUCUUCUUACGCUGCCACUUGUUCAAAAUAAGUUAUUUACUCACUGGACCUUACUGCACACGUUCUCUGUUUUCUAGAGAAUUAUUAUGAUUUCACUUUCAGGUCAUUGAAUGGAUUUUACAUGUCAACCCAGUAAGCCCAUCACAUGUGAAAUGAUUCCAUCUCUGCUGAACUGUUUUGACCACUGCUCUUUUUUUAAUCAGUAUUUUGGCAUCUCACUGAUAAAAAUGUUGU